GCCGAUUGGAAGAAAAUGAGACGCUUAAAUAUCUCGUUUACUGUGAUUUAUAAUCUGAUGUGUCUAAUUUGAGAAAGAGAGAUUGAACGAGUUGGACUGAGAGAGACAGAGAGAGGGAGAAGGAGAGAGUCAGGAAAUGAUCUAUCAAAUCAUUUAAAAUUUUCCUGUCAAUCGACCAUACUGUUUAGCCUUAUGUUUCCAUUUAACAUUUGUCACCCAACACAAAAGUCCUCUCGACAAAACGGCGAGUAUUGAACUGUAAGAUUAUGGAACAGGUGCAAGUCGAGCCCUAUUAUCGUACCUAUAAAAACAGAUAUUUUUACUCGUUUAUACACUCAAUCGAGCAGAUGUAUGUCUAUUGAAAGCGUAUAAUUAAGAGACUGUUAUAAGGUACAAUAUUCCCCCUUUCAUAUUUUUCACCUUCCCCCCACGUAUUCUUUGAUAAUGAAAAGAGAAAACCAAACAUCUUAAGAACUUAUGAGGAAUGAUAUACGCAUAAAAAAGACACUCCACUUGAUAAAAAAGCUCAAAUUUGAAAGUUUUUAUGAACUUCGGGGUUGAAGGCACUGUGAGGCAAGCUUCAGCUAUCCAUCUACGUGAACAGCGGUAUGCUGACAGUUCACGUUAUCGAGGCGAAACAGUUGAGAAGUGAACACUGUUGGAAUUGUAAUACCUACGUUAAACUUUCCCUACAUCCGGAUGAAGUAAAAAGAACCAGAUGCAGGACCGACGUUAUACUCGAUUCGAACAAUCCUGUUUUUGAUGAGAAAUUCUCAUUUGAGCUGUUACCCGAAGAUUUAAAAAAACGAUUACUUAUAUCUGUCUGGUCAAGAGAUUACGGAGAAGGGAAAAGUGAAUUUUUGGGAUGCAUGAGUUUCGGUCUAGAGCAUAUUGUCAAGAAGAAUCAAAAUAUACAAAAUUGGUAUCAUUUAUUAGCUGAAGAUGUUGGUAAGCGGAAACACUUAAAGGCAUCUGCCCCAGAAACGCCAGUUGAAAUGGAAGAUAAAGAGAAUAAACGUUCCCGUGAUAUUUUAUGGAUGGACACGCAUAAUAUAACAAUAAAACGCGGCGCUAGUGGCUUUGGUUUUACCGUUACCGGAUCUAGUCCUGUUCAAGUGUAUGAAAUUGAGUCAAAUUCUACUGCCGAAUUAGCUGGUUUACGGCAUGGUGAUUAUAUUACUCAUGUCAAUGGAAUUAAUGUCACUGAAAUGUCUACUCAAACAGUUGCCAAACUUGUCAGGCAUUCCCACAAGCACCUAAUUCUUGAAGUUGAAAGGCACUGGCAAGAGAGUCAAUUCCGGGUUAUUAACCAGUUCUUGAACCAGCCGCCCAAGAAGAGAAAGUUUCUCCAACCGCCCUUGAAGAAAAGGAAGGUGAACGAAGCCAACGCCCAUAAUACAUCUUUGAACUCUGUAGCAAGUACUUCAACAAUCGGAGCUGGUCAUCAUACGAGAACGAACUCUGGUACCUUGAAAAGGAUAAAGAACAAAUUUAUGAAGGGCGAAGGAAAGCCUAAAGUUAUUUUACAAAAUUUUAUUUAAGCCUAUUUAAACUUUAUGCUAAUUAGCUUUAUAUAUAUUUAUUAAUUUUUAUCUAAUUGUCUGCUUCCGAAAAAAUUCUCUUCAAUUCAUUUUUAUCGGAAUAACCUCUCGCUUUUCUGCUUCUCUUGUUAUUUUAAUGUAAAAAUUUGACUACAGAUUGUACUGUAGAGCCAUCUAUCGGUUAUAAAUAUAAAUAAAAAAACUCUUCAACAUCAG